GAGUUCAGUGUCGCGUCGCCAAGCGACGAGAGAACAACUUUAGUGCUUUGAAACUCGUCUCGUUCCUCUAAAAUAACCGACUCUCUCUCUAUGCCAGUUCAUAACAACAAGCGUGACAAGUAAAAUCCAACAACUUGAUAAACGGAAUGGAAACAAAAUAAUAAUACAGUGAGAAAAUAAUGUGGACUAGAAGAUGGGAAAUUUAGCCACUGCGGUGAGAUUCGCUGCAGCUCUGUUGCCCUAUCUAGUGGAUUACGUCCAGGGGAACGAGGAAACAUCAAGAGGAUGUGUGGAGUCCGAGGGUGGUUGUGUUCGUUGUCGUGGUGCAUCAUGUGCCCGGUGUGCAAGCCUUCUGCACGAGGGUAAUUGCGUGGACACAUGUCCACCGGGUUACACUGUCGAUUGGUCAACGCGGGAUGAGUACAUGGGGAGAAUAUGCCACAAGACUGGGUACAUGCUCGGUCUUACUGGGAGUCAAGUUGCCAUUCUAGUUGGAAUUAUUUCCGGUGCAACAGUCUGCAUAUUCAUCAUCUUGUGCGGUGCAAUUGUGGUGCACAGGAGGAAGAAAAGGGCGGUGAAACUCAUUCGGCAGUAUGAAGACAGUGCUGAAAGACGAGAAUUCCUCAAGCAUCUUGGAACAUUGCGAGGCGAAGCAACAACAUUUCUUGCGAUGCUAAACGAUACGAGAAGACAAGUACGAGAAUUGUAUUACGCUGGUAAUAAUGGAGAUGGUGCAGUCGGUGUACAGGCCUACAGACCAGUGCUGCGAGAUCUCGCGCGAAUACUUGUUUUGGUUAAUAGAAAAGACGAUGAGAUAACACUACCCCCCAACGACUGGCAGAGACUUCUGGCUUGGGCGGAGCGUCUCCUCAGGAGAUACAAGAAACAUACGUCUCCCGAGGUGGCCCAACUAGUGACAUUUCUGCAGCAGCCCACGCACCAGUUGACCCCCCAGUCACCCCAACAAAUCACAAUCGCCCAGAGCACCCCCCAGACAUACGAACUACGCUCAACACCAACGAAUCUCACAACAUUCCAAGCAAAUGCACCACUGACAACAUUUCAAGCGAGUGAUAAAUCAAGCAUAAGUCCAGCCUCAUCGAGCCUGGGCUACACCAAAGACAGUAGUCCAAUAGGCUCAAGCCUCGGGCAGAAUAACUCAAUGAUCUACAAUGACAAGUUGAGCCCGUCGGGCUCGACAGUUGGCCAAACUACACCCCUUGUUUAUGGACAGAAGCACAAUCCAUCGCCCCAACUCCAGGAGCUCGCUAUUUCAGCGUUCAAUCACAAUUACAAUAAUUCAAUGGGUGAAAAUAGUGUGUCAUGUGGAGAAAGUGAGUGCAAUGGACUUAGCAGUGAUCUUAAUCCACAGUGGGAGUUUCAGACUAGUAUCGAAGCAACCAAUUACACAAUUUUGAAUGAUUGGGCCCCAGGAAGGGACUACCUCAUCGAUGACUUUACGAUUCUUGGAUUCAGACCGCAGGAUGAAAUCACCACUGAAUUAUAAUUUAUUUUUAAUUAUUGAUGGAAGUUAGGGAGGAGAAAAGACAGCGAUUUGUCAAAAUUUGUUUAUAAAUUAUGUUGUAUUUUGAAUUGCAUUUUGAGAAACUCGGAGGCUGAGAGGAAAUAAUAUUCACUAAUGGAGUCGCUCUCCGUGAUUAAUUAAGGGUUUCCGAAAAUUUUCGGCAAUUAGCCGAAGCUAUUCAUUUAUUUGACGUUUUAGUGGGGAGUCCAUAAUCCAAGUAAUUAGAUGAAGUCAUUAGUAAUUGGGAUUUUUAUUAGACUUGGAGAUUUUGUUGACACUUGCAAUCUCUUGAGAUUGAAUGGAUUGGGGAGAAAAAUAUCGACUGAGAAUGUUUGUGGCCGAAUUAAUUUUGAGCAAAAAAUUGUUUUCCGCCAUGCUCAUUAAGAUGCGAUAAUUAUGGAGGUAAUUAGAAUGGAGGAGUAGCGAGAUAAUUUAAUAAAUGUAUUAGAAAAUCCCAUUUCCUGGAAAAAAAACAAUUUUAUACACUUGCAAUAUUUUUCAGUAGAUGCAUUUAUGAGCGAUAACAAAUCCAUGACAUUCUUAAUGAAUGUAGUCUCUUGAGACUUUCUCUUCACCUAAACCACUCAUGAUCGAGAUGAUUAAAUAUUAAAUGAGCCAAAAACUGAUUAAAUUUCACUACUCUAUCAUUUGCGACGCAUCUCUUGUCUUCACUUGAAUGUUUGAUGUCUACAGUAGAUAUAUUUUUCACCAACAACGUGGGACUGAUCUUUAGUGUACCAAAUGUCUAAGAGGUUCUAAGAAUUUAGGUGAUAAUUCGUGUCAAUUAUUUAAUCAAAUAACUACUGCACUAGUCAAUUUGCAAUAUCAUGUGCAGUAGUGAAUUAAAAAUGGGACUAAACGUGUGAGGAAAAUUUUUUUGAAAAUUUUCAGCGACUAUAUAUCAAAACUUGAGAAAUCCGCCCAACAAAAUAAUCUCAAUGCUCUAUUUUCGAUAAUCAUGAAAAAUUAUUAGAAAAUCUUGAACAAUAUCCAGUGAUGAUCGGGUAUUUGUGUAUUUUUUAUACACAUUAUUAUUUUUUCGGACUCGUGUAGAGUCUAUGUACAAACAUGUGUAAAUAUUAGAUAAUAAUCUGAGAAAAUAUUCACAUAAUAUAUAUAUACUCGAAUGGCAAUAAUAAAUUUAUAAUGAGAAA